AUGCCUCCCCGACAGACCACUCCAUCACGUACUAAAACCCCUCCCCGGUCCACCAGAUCCACUCGUAAUACCCCUACUGCUCCUGGUCGCCAACAAAGCCGUUCGCCUUCUCUUCCUCCUCCCAUUCCCGAACGUAUUGCAGCCGCUCCUACUCCCGACCAUGUACGCCUUGCUGAAGAGUGGAUCGCCAAAAAGCAGCCUACCGAUCCCGUUUUUGCCAAAAAAAACCUCCGUCAGCUGGAAAGGCAGAUUGCAUACUCACUCCAAUCAUAUGAUCACUGUCCAUCCGAAUAUUUCCCUCCCAUUGCGGCCAAAUAUGGUCUCAAUCGUUGGAUGCCUACGAAGCUUGGACCGGUCAAAAGCCGUGGACCUGUGUGUCGGGUGAACGGCAAAGCGGAAACCUCUUGUCACAAGCCUUGCCUUCCUGCAUUCAUGUACACUCUCCUCGCGGCUCCAACCUUGAUCGACUCGCCAACUACUCAUGGACUCAAUGCAGAUGAUCCUGCGGUCCAGCAAUCCAAAGACCUGCAAUCGCGGGCAAGGACGAGUACGCAGGCCAAUAUGGAAGUCCCGUCACCGAAGCGACGCCUCACCAAUACGUCAUCCCUUACUUCUGCUCAUCAGGCGCUGUUCAUUCGGUCCCAAUCCCCUACAACUCUUUCUUCCCAGUCCCAGGCAGCAGGAUCUCAGCUGGCUUUGCCUGUUCCUGACAGUCAACGUGUUCCUGCCCUUCAGCUCGACCCUUCUCAGGUCAAACGAGUUCAGUCCGAACCUGCUUCCCACCAUAUUCCCCUUCCAAAAGUCGAAGUCACUGCCGUCGAUGAUUUGACCCCGUCGAUUCCCGAACGGUCCUCUGUGCUGAGUCCACCUCCGCUCAAGACAGCCGCUCUGAGUGGAUGGCGUCAAUACAAUGCUCAGGCCAAGCUUCGGAAGCGCACCCAAUCGGCUGAGCCUCCCACUCAAAAUGUUCUGUCAGUUCCCCUGUCUUCCAUCACGCCGACCGUCGAUGACAUAAAUUCAUUUCAACAACUGGUUCCCCCUAAUGAUGUGUCUCUCAAGCCUCUCUCUCCUCCUCACAGUGGUACAACGGUAACUUCCAUCUCACCCUCCACAAGCACAUUUGAAACCAAAUCGCCUUCCCUGGCAAACCUUGCUGCGCUUCGUCUUGACAUGCAACGGCCAUUCUCCGCAGCCAUCGAUGGUGCAAAUCAACUGCUUCAUUCUGUAGAACAGAACCGUCACAGCUUUGCUCAAUCUCUUGACAACAUUAUCAACUUCUGUGAAGAGUUGCAAAAUCAAGCCAGACAAGAUAGACAUUCCAUCAUAUCUGUUCGAGCCGAAAGAGAUCAGCUCAAGAACACCCUUCGGACUCUUGAUAAUCGUCUUCUGCAUUCUGCCGACCUGUUGGCAAUGAAGGAUGACGCCAUCAGCAAGCAGACCGGUCAGAUUUCUUUCCUUGAACAACAUGUGGAGCGUUUGCUACGGGAAGAAGCAGCCGUUGGACAGCGACUCCGAGAGGCUGUAACGGAAAGAGAAGCUGCAUUGGAAGAAAGGGAUGCCGCUAGAAUGGAAUAUGAGGCUAUGAGGUCAAUGGCCACGCGGGCAAAGAAGGAAAUGCAGGAUGCGAAUGCUGCGCAAGAUGUUGCCGAGGCGGCUUUGGAGGAGGCUGAUGCCGAGGUUCAACAGCUCACAAGCGAGUUACAACAAGCAAAGGCAAUGCUCAAAACUCUCCAAGCAGAUACAUUGACCUCUACUCAGGCUAUUGACAUCCCUAUCGACGCUGGUGUAUGGAUACCCGAAUCGAAUGACGUGGAUGCCAAGGCGCCGUCUCCGCCUCGCAUUACUAUGUCAGAGUCGCUCAUUCCUUCCACACAAACUUUCAUUGUGCAACCUCCAGCGAACGAAAGCUCAUCAUGCGAUGUCACUCAAUCCCAACUUCCACCCCCACACAUUGCACCCUCUGCGGAUAAUCAUUCUCUAGGUGUGGACACUCAAUCGCUGGUCCAAUCCACAGAGUCUUCCAUUUCCCCAUCGACCAAAGUGGCAUCAUCCGUUGUCAAAGUUGCUCCAAUUGGAGGACAAGCCGCGGAGUCGCUCAUCCUCCAACCUCAAUUUGAUCAUUCAUCUCUUGUGCACACACCGCACCCGUCAAAUAUCCCAGGGCAAUGGAGUAAUGAAGAUGACCAGCAGGUGCCAGAGACACCCCUCCACCAGGACGACAUGAUAAUCAGUGUUGACACCCAAAACUCAUCUGGCGGUACUUCAGGCAGUCAAUCAGAUAGCUGA